UAUACACAAAAGUGAGUUUAAAUACUUGCUCUAGAGAGAGUAACCUGUGAUUGGGAUGAUUGUGCUUGGUGGAGGAGAAUGGAUAAGGCUCAUGGUGGAGCCAGCGAUCGUUAUAUGGCCAAUUUGAGUGUUCCCUUGAAACUUUGGUAUAAGAUCUUCUGGAGGAGAGACAUGGUUCAAGGGUUCUGUAGAGCUUCAGUGGUGCGACAUAUGGCUAUAAUAAUGUGAUGGACGGGAUAAUUGGCCACUCUGCUUAUAUGGGCUGGCCAAGUAUGGAGUAUUCUUUGUGAGAAGUGAGAUCUGGAGAUCUACGUAUUGAGACACCAGUUCUUCCCCUAUGAAGCGACAGUGGAAGGCGAAAUGAGAGAUGACCAUGCGAUAGGACAAUCACUUAAUCCCAGAGGACACCUCUUCUCAGGGUAUCUGGCGGAACAUCUACUAACAUCUGCAAUAGUGUCUAAGUACUUGGCUGCUUACUUGCUUUUGAACGCUUCUGGUGCCGCUCCAACCGCCGACAAGAUCACCUCCGUCUUGGAGUCUGUCGGUAUUGAGGUUGAGGAAUCCCAAGUCACCGAGUUGAUCUCUGCCCUUGAGGGUAAGUCCGUUGAGGAGCUCAUUGCUGAAGGUAACGAGAAGUUGGCUUCUGUUCCAACCGGUGGUGCUGGUGCUGCUCCAGCUGCCGGUGCCGGUGCUGCUGCUGCUGAUGCUCCAGCUGAGGCCGCUGAGGAGGCUGCUGAGGAGGAGUCUGACGAUGACAUGGGUUUCGGUUUGUUCGACUAAACGGUGUACAACAAGAUGAUUCAAAAAACAACAUAAUGUGUCUUAUACGAGAGCAAAGCAACUGUAGGUC